CUGGGUGAAAGUUGUUUUGACAUCUCUCACGGCGAAAAUUCGUCCAGCUGUUUUUGUUUACAUUUCGCAUGUCUGUGUUUGGCCUUUUUGUGGAAUAUUUAAUUAUUUAGUGCGUCACUGAUAAACAAGGAGAUAGUGGGGGCUUGAGUUUGACCUCAGCUCUUGCAAAACAGUCCCCUUAUUGUUCAUUCCAUUAGUGUUUGUCGUGACAGUGCAAACAGUGAAAAAAUCAUCCGAUCUGCUAAAAUUUAGCAAAAUAUGCUCUUCCGAAGGAACUUCAGCAUCAAUCUUAUCAUCUCCUGCCUGCUGCUGUUCUCCGUGCACGAGGCAGAAGGAUUCUUCAGGUUUCGCGGAAGGCAGUACAAAGGAGAUGAGAACAAACGUUCUCCCAUUGUCUUUGUUCCUGGAGAUGGUGGAAGUCAAGUGGAUGCGACUCUAGACAAGCCUGAAGUUGUACACUACAUUUGUCAGAAGCACACAAAGGACUUUUUCAACAUUUGGCUGAAUCUUGAGCUGCUGGUUCCACUGGUCAUUGAUUGCUGGAUUGAUAAUGUUAAGCUGUAUUAUGAUAAUGUUACUCGGACUACUAGGAAUUCUCCAGGAGUCGUUACUAGGAUUCCUGGCUGGGGAGAUUCGGAGACAGUUGAAUGGCUGGAUCCGAGUCAUGCCUCAGCUGGAGCCUAUUUCAAGGAUAUUGGGAAUGCUUUUGCAUCUGUCGGAUAUGUCCGGAAUGUGUCUAUCAGGGGAGCUCCCUUUGACUUCCGGAAGGCACCGAAUGAAAAUACUCAGUGGUUUGUCGAUCUCAAGGCACUAAUCGAGGAGACUUACACUAUCAACGAUAAUCAGGCCAUCACGAUCAUAGCUCACAGUAUGGGUGGGCCAAUGAGUCUGGUGUUCCUGCAGCAGCAGACACGAGCGUGGAAGGAUAAGUACAUUGCACGCCUCGUGACUCUGGCUGGAGCAUGGGCAGGAAGUGCUAAAGCUGUUAAAGUUUUUGCCAUUGGAGAUGAUCUGGGUUCUUUUGCUCUCAGUGGGAAGACCAUGAGAGCUGAACAGAUCACAUCUCCAUCCCUGGCCUGGCUCAUGCCUUCCCCGCUCUUCUGGAAGCCUGACGAAAUUCUCGUUCAGACACAAACUCGAGCUUACACUUUUUCCCAACUCGAGGAAUUUUUUAAUGAUUUGCAGUAUCCGACUGGAUGGGACAUGAUGCAGGACACGAAGAAGUACGUGAUGAAUUUCUCACCACCAGACGUGGAGGUACAUGCCAUCUAUGGAACCAACAUCAGCACAGUUGAAAAGCUAUACUACCGCAAGAGCAAAGGUCUCGACGGCACUCCAGAGCUCAUCAAUGGAGAUGGAGAUGGAACGGUGAAUCUACGUUCCCUUCAGGCUUGUACUCAAUGGCGGGAUUUGCAGAAGCCAAAAAUAUAUACGAUGGAAUUGCCGGGGGUCGAUCACAUGGCUAUCCUCAGUGAUAGUCGUGUUAUCAAGUACAUCAUGGAUUUACUUCUCAAGUAGACUCUUCUUUAGGACAUCUUCCAGGUAUUUAUUUUGUCAAUUCUCUCUUAGCAAUUUGAGGCUCUCUCCGUGGAUUAGCCAUAUAUUAUGUAGGAACAAUAAUUGUGAUGAAAAUGAGAUUAUAUUUUCGUUUAGAAUAAAAAGAAUACAAGACUUGCCACAAAAAAAAAA